GGAGGGAAGAUUGAGAAUAAAUAACUGUGGCCAGUGAGAUCUAGGAGAGGAGGUGGAGACAGAGAGGGCUGGGCUUUACAUCACAGCCUGCUAGACCUCUUUGGGAAGAGAGCUGUAAAGAAGGACACACACUCCUGUACGCAGCUGAGCCUCUACGUACCUGUCAUUGGUCACAGCCCAGAUCCUUCACUAUGGUGGACCCUGCUGGCAAUGAAUCCAGUGCCACAUAUUUCAUCUUAAUAGGCCUCCCAGGCUUGGAAGAAGUUCAGUUCUGGUUGGCCUUUCCAUUGUGUUCACUCUACCUUAUUGCUGUGUUAGGUAACUUGAUGAUCAUCUACAUUGUGCGGACUGAACACAGCCUGCAUGAGCCCAUGUAUAUCUUUCUUUGCAUGCUUUCUGGCCUGGAUAUCCUCAUCUCCACCUCAUUCAUGCCAAAAAUGAUGGCUAUCUUCUGGUUUAAUUCCACUACAAUCCAGUUUGAUGCUUGUUUAGUACAGAUGUUUGCCAUCCAUUCCUUAUCUGGCAUGGAGUCCACAGUGCUGUUGGCCAUGGCCUUUGAUCGCUAUGUGGCCAUCUGUCAUCCACUACGCCAUGCUACUGUGCUUACGUUGCCUCGUGUUGCCAAGAUUGGCAUGGCUGCUGUGAUACGGGGUGCUGCACUGAUGGCUCCCUUGCCUGUCUUCAUCAAAAGGUUACCCUUCUGUGAAUCCAAUGUCCUUUCCCAUUCCUACUGCCUACACCAAGACGUCAUGAAGUUGGCCUGUGCUGACAUCCGCGUCAAUGUCAUUUAUGGCCUCAUUGUCAUCAUCUCUGCCAUUGGCCUGGAUUCCCUCCUUAUCUCCUUUUCAUAUUUGCUUAUCCUUAAGACUGUGUUGGGCUUGACACGUGAAGCCCAGGCAAAGGCAUUUGGCACUUGUGUCUCCCAUGUCUGUGCUGUUUUCAUAUUCUAUGUACCUUUUAUUGGAUUGUCUAUGGUGCACCGUUUCAGUAAGCGGCAUGACUCUCUCCUUCCUGUUAUCAUGGCCAACAUCUAUCUAUUGGUUCCUCCUGUGCUCAACCCCAUUGUAUAUGGGGUGAAGACAAAGCAGAUCCGACAGCGUAUCCUUCGUCUUUUCCAUGUAACUACACAUUUGACAGAUUCCUAAGGGGCACUGUACAACUUGGUUUUCAUUUAAAGUCCUUCAAUUCAGAUUCGUCAUAUCAAUGUUUAGGAAGACAGUAUCAAGAAAACAAAUCUCCCUUAAUAGAAUACAACUCGGAUCCUUAAAAAAAUGCAACCUACUGGGGAUUCUUCACAUGAAAAGAGAUGGCAGGACCAUAUACCUCCAAUUUUUAUUUUCCAUUUUAGGUUACCCUUUGAUUUUUCUUCCUGUAAUUAAAACUCUGGCAUAGUGGUGGCUGGAGGUUUAUUACUUCUCAUUUUAUCAUCCAUUCCAGAUUGAAAUUGCUUCUGCUGGUGGUCCACAGGGUUCUGAGAUAAGGGCAGUGUACCAGAAGGACAUUUGCCAAUGUCCUAAGCAUAGUAAAAGGAAAAUAAAGACAACAAUCCAAAAAAAUUAGAUCACCUAGGCUAAGACACUAACUUCCUUUUCAGAAUUCUCAGUAUUUCUUGAUUUCAUGAAAAGAGAUAUACCUGGCUUUCCUUCUUCAAGACAACCUCCACAGUGAAGACAAUUACUUUUCUUCUGGGCACUGGGCCCUGAAAAGAAGGUUGAAAAUAAAGCCUAAAGAAAACCAGAUCAGCCUAUAAUUUUUUCAGAGAAUGAAAGAUAACACACUUUUUUCUGAGAAUAUCCACAGUCUAUGGACUCUCAUUUACUCAUUUAAAAUUUAAAAUCAAACUUUUAGAUUAGGCAGGAAUACUAUCAACAUUCUCAUUAUAUCAAUGGAGAAAUUGAUGUUCCAUGGAGAUGAGCAAAUUACAUAAGAUCAUAUAAGCUCAGGAAAAAUGAAAGUUUUUCAUGCCCUACUUUAUACUAUAUGACAGGAUUGAUACACAAUGGUAGGAUAGUGUCUUAGGCAUUUCUAGAGUCUUGCAUUUUCUAGAGGAGGUAUUUAAUUCUGUCUAUCACUUAUGCUAUAUUGUACUGGGGAAUGUCCUGAUGCUGGGUCUCCUGGCUUUAAUUCCAAUCACUUUGGUUCUUUGUUCUGGUUUAGUUGCCACUGUGCCCAUGUUGUGGAAGCAGGAGUGUGCUUGGAGAGUUCUUUAACAGUGGUUUAUUUGGAAAAUAUUGUGAUUAACAGUGGAAUCUGGGACAUCUGAGAGACCUUCCAGGAAGAGAAGCAGCUGAAACCAUCCAGCAGCCCACAGAAAAAUAGCAAGGACUUGUUACCACAGACCAGAGUCAAGAACAAGAGACAUCAUGAGCUUGAGAGGGCCAAUAGCCCAAGUAGCAGGACUGGAAGCAAGAGUGAGAGAAGGAUGGAUUGGAAGAAAGUAAAGAGAGUGUGUACAUGAGCACUACUGGUCUCCACACGUCCCCAGGGCUAUGAGCCAUCCUGCAGGGGAAGUUAAUAAGAUGAAUGUUGUUUAGCAACAUCAAGGUGAAGAACAAUGAGGAAUGCAUCCCUGCUGGUUGUGCUUAACGUGAAUUUGGUCCUGUGGCCCAUCUGGGAGUCAUGCAAGCCAGACAUAGCACUUAGAAGUAUGGUGUUCACUGAAGGAAGUACAGUAUAAGUGGAAUGAGCAGGAACUGAGAUCACUGCCCAUGAGGAGAGCCCUAAGAGACCCAAAGUGAGGCAGGUGAAUGUGAGAGAAGGCAGCACAAUGAAGAGUAGGGUGCAUUGUCAGGCAGAAUUUUCUUGCCAUAUCUAGUGGCACAGAUGUUUAUCUGGUGAAGAGGCAUAGAAGCAGCAUCUAUAAUUUCUUAGAUUGUGAUGCAAGAGUUGUGGCCAAUGUAGAUUUGGGUAGACCCGGGUGAGUGGUGGCCAAAAGAACUAGGACCAUGAGAUGGGGUUAGUGUAGGCUUUAGUCACUUUGAGUUAUAUGGAAGAUUAACUGAUCUCUCAGACUUUCCCUGACAUUGGAAUUGAGACAGAGAUAAAGAAAGGGAAAAGAUGCAUGGUUUUCUUGUAAGAAAAGCAAUAUAUGAUCAUUGUAAUAAAAGCAACAUAAUGUGGCAAUGUAAAAGAAAUAAAAAAAUACAAUAAAUAUCCCCAAUAAAGUUGUUUCCUUUAAAGAAUUUAAA